AUGCAUUUCUUUGACGAAAAUUCAUCUGUACAAAUACUGGAUCGAUUUUCAAGUGAUUUGAGGAUCGUCGAUGAAUUGUUAACCGAAACCACUCGGUUGGAAUCGGAAAAACAGUCUGAAAAGCCCGCAGUCAUCACGAGCGAUUGGCCAUCGAGUGGCUGCAUUGAAUUCCGAAAUGUGUUCUAUCGGUAUUUCGCCGAAGCCAAGCCAGUUUUACAAGAACUGUCGUUUGUGAUCAAAUCAAAAGAGAAGAUAGGAAUUGUUGGGAGAACGGGAGCCGGUAAGAGUUCUUUGAUUGGCGCCCUUUUCCGUUUGGCUAGUGUUGAAGGUGAAAUUCUAAUCGAUGGAAUCGACACUGCCAAUAUUCAAUUGAAUGAUUUACGCAAACGAAUUGCCAUCAUUCCACAGGAUCCAGUUCUCUUUUCGGGCACUUUAAGAAGAAACUUAGACCCAUUCGAAGAAUAUUCGGAUCCAGAUAUUUGGAGUGCAUUGGAAAGUGUUGGCUUGAAAAGUGUUGUAUCUCGUUCUUGGGGUAGCUUGGAUAAACCAUAUGGGGAGAACUCUUCGGUUGGCCAACGUCAGCUUCUGUGUUUAGCUCGAGCGAUAUUGAGAAAAAAUCGAAUUCUUGUUUUGGAUGAAGCAACAGCCAACGUUGAUCCACAAACGGAUUUAUUAAUUCAACAAACAAUACGAGAUAGAUUCACGGAAUGCACCGUUUUAACGGUUGCACAUCGAUUGCAUACAAUCAUUGACUCAGAUCGUGUGCUUGUUAUGGACUCUGGACGAGCGGCCGAAUUCGAUGAUCCACACACUUUGCUGCAGAAUGGGAAUGACAUCUUUUAUGGAAUGGUCAAAUCUUUGGGGUCCGAUGAAUUUAAACAUUUUUCUGAUGUUGCUGGCAAUUGA